AUGGCAAAUGGGACCAGAGUGAAGGAAUUCAUACUCUUGGGCUUGACUGAUGACUAUAAGCUUAAAAUCUUGAUAUUUCUCCUACUGUUCAGCACAUAUAUGUUGACCAUCAUGGGGAACUUACUCAUUAUUGCAAUCACACUGGUGGACCAUCGUCUCUAUACCCCAAUGUAUUUCUUCCUACGACAUGUUGCAUUUGUGGAGAUUGGUUACACCACCACCAUCAUUCCCAAAGCAUUGGCCAAUAUGGCUAUGGGCCAGAAAACGAUCUCUGUAGCUGCUUGCUUCACCCAGACUUACCUAUACUUCAGCCUGGGAACUACAGAGUUCUUUCUGUUGGCAGUAAUGUCUGUGGACAGGUAUGUGGCUGUCUGCAACCCCCUCCGCUACUCAACCAUAAUGAAUGAUCGAAUCUGUUCAUUGUUAGUGCUUUGCUGUUGGAUUGUAGGAUUUUUGCUAAUUUUUGGUCCAGCAGUUGCAUUAUUCCAGAUGUCAUUUUGUGGCUCGAAUACCAUCAACCAUUUUUUCUGCGACAAUGGACCUUUACUCAAGCUUGUUUGUGCAGACACAGAUCUAGUGGAACUCAUGUCUUUCCUGUCGGCUAUACUGACUCUCAUUGGGUCCUUGACAGUAAAUCUUGUGUCCUAUGGCCAUAUUAUUUUUAGCGUCUUGUGCAUCCCGUCAACUGCAGGGAGGCAGAAGGCCUUCUCCACUUGCUCCUCGCACAUCAUUGUGGUCUCCAUCACAUACGGCAGUUGCAUUUUCUUGUAUGUAAAGCCAAAAGGCACAAGCAGGUUAGACUUCAGCAAGUCAGUGGCUGUCCUUAACACCAUUAUAUCCCCUCUUCUUAUACCAUUCAUAUAUUGCCUGAGGAACAAACAAGUGAAGGAUGCCUUAAUAGGUACCUUUAGAAAGGGACUUGUGCUCUGGAAGAAUGCAAGACGAUAG